UGAUACUUCGACGACCAUCGCCCUUCCAGCCACGGAUUAAUGAGAAUCAUCAAAAGUGAGAUGAAUGUACCCAGAAACAAGCAGGCUUAUCCAGAAGCAUAGCUUCUUCCUGUUUGGCAAACUCUACCGCAGUCCAGAUGCUGGAGGUUUACAGCAGGGUUUAAGACUUUCUGAUACAGGUCUUCGCUUCAUACAUUGCUGUCGGAUUCGCAGAUUCUGUCUCGUGGGAGGGUUUCUCCUUCGGCACUUAAGAAGUAGGUUCUGAAUUUUUCAGCUGCGUGAGCUUCAGUAGGACUUUUCAUUUCCGUGAAGAAUUAUUUCUGGAGUAGUUUGAGCUGAGCGACAGGACAUAGAAUAGCUCUAUGAUUGGAUUUGAGCAGUUUAUGUUGUGAUUUUUCAGGGAAGUGUAAUGGCUCUAGCUCCCAAGUAUCUUGACCAUGGGAGCUGCAUGCCUGUACAUCCUUCACGCCCAGGACAAGUUGCCGUUUUCACGAGAACAAGACUUAGGGUGAGUUGCAGUAGUAGUACCUUGCACAAUGAGGAAAUAGCGCAAGGUGAGAUUCCUCGGCGCAUCAGCAGUAGCAAAAAUGGUAGUGAGAGCCAGGGUACCGGUGGUGAGCAGCACAAGACGUUGCAGGAUCAAUUGCGCAUGUUGAACCUGAAUAGCAUGAGUAAGAGGGGAUCGGGGACGAGGUUCGUAAAUAUGGAGACGCCUGUUAAGAGCAGAAGUCGCAGCGAUAGCCUAACAAAGGGCAGGGGUGGUAAAGCCUUGUCGAGAGCACCUUCUUUUCAACAAGUUCUUGACAUAUUGAAGGGUGCAAAUGAGAGUGAGGAAGGAGUUGCGUUGGUAAUGAAACAUUUUGAAGGAUCACUUAACCCUUACGACGUAGUCGCCAUCCUCAAUACGCUAAAGAGUUGGAAAGUGGCGCUAUCAUUGUUUAAGUGGUUGCAAGCCGAGCAGAACUUCAAUCUCAACAUCUACACCUAUAAUGUGAUGCUGAAGGUGCUACGGCGCGGGCAGCAAUGGGAGCUUUCUCAACAAAUUGCCGAGGAUAUGAUCAAUGCCGGAAUUCGUCCUGAUAACAUUACGUACAGUACGCUCAUCAGUUGUGCUAAUCGUUGUAAUUACCAGGACGCCGCAAUGGCAUGGUUUGACAGGAUGCAUGAUGCACAGUGUGUUCCGGAUGCUGUCACUUACAGCACCAUGAUAGACGUGUAUGGAAAGGUGGGCAAAUACGACGAAGCUGUUGCGCUUUAUGAAAGUGUGAAAAAAUCAGGCUGGAAGCCGGACAAGGUCACUUACGGCACCAUGGUUCGGCUAUUUGGAAGAGCGGGUUACAUUAGUGCAGCAGUCUCUAUAUUUGACGAAAUGAAAGGGUCUGGCAUCCAACCUGGCUCAGUUGUGUACAACAUCAUGAUUUCUUGUCUUGGUCGCGCGGGUAGGAUGGGCCAUGCAUUAAAGGUUUUCCAAGAGAUGAAGCAAGCAGGUGUGAAGCCAAAUGCAGUGACACUGAGCACAGUGAUGGAAAUUUAUAGCAGAUCUGGCAAGGUGAUGGAGGGCUUGGGGAUUUUUCAUCAUAUGAGACAGGACUUAGCUUGUGAUAUCAUUGUGUACAAUGCAGUGAUCAAGAUGUGCAGAGAAGCUGGAUUGGUACCCGAAGCAGAGCAAUAUUUGAGAGAGAUGGUAGAGUAUGGGCAUCAGCCCAAUGACUGGACUUACAGAAAUAUGAUCAGUUUGUAUGCCAAGAACGGUAUGGCUGUGGAGGCGCAGAGAAUGUUUUCACAGUUGGUUGAAGCUGGAUACCAACCUGAUGUUAUGUCUUACACUAGCCUUCUUCAGGGGUAUGGAAAUGCCAAAGAUUACGAAAAGGUUCAAGAGAUUCUGCAUGAGAUGGUGUCUGCGAACUGUGCUCCUGACGAACGUCUGUGGUGUGUAAUCCUCAAUCUUCUCGACGCAUGUGAUACGGACGUAGAGUUUGAGAUUCUCCGAAGCUGCCUGCGAAUGUGCAACCCAACGAUGGAUAACAUUGUUGGACACAUAUUCGAAGAGAACCUCGUGUUGAAGAAAUUGGGGGACGGAUUGCAGUCAUUGUUGAGUGAUAUGGCAGAGGAGGCUCACAAGCCAAUUUGCAACUCCUUGCUGCAGUUGAUUUGGCACAAGGGGGAUCGCAACUACGCAUUCAAGCUUCUGUCCCUAUUCUGUUCGUCGGGCGUGUACACUGGCUUGCAGACGAAAUCCUCAAUCAUGUGGUCUCUGCAUCUGAAGUCUCUUUCAACUGGCGCGGCCCACUGUGCCCUUCUGAGCUGGUUGUCGUCUGUGAGGUACGCAAUUCAAGAAGGUCAGGAACUUCCCAGUAGGUUUAUGAUUGAGACUGGAGUUGGUAAUCAACUAAAUGCGGAUGAGUUGCGGUUAGUCGUUGUGAUCUCUUCACUUCUGAAAGAGUUCACUUCUCCCUUCAUAGAAUGCGUCGAUCGAAAGGACUGGUUGGAAGCCUCGGGUGUAGACGUUAGGCAAUGGCUCGAGACUGCAGCUCCGUACCUUCCCAGAGUUGACACAAAUUAGCUCAGCUGAUACCAUCACCAGUGGAGUAGCUUUAACAAGCUGGCUCGGCUCUGCGUACCAAUUAGGUAGAAGUUAUGUGAUCAUGAAUCUUAUGCCAUCUCAGGGCAUGAGCAGUAUAUAAUUAGAAGGCUGAGAAUCUCACAUCUCAUAGAAACUCCCACUACCCAGUAAUCAAUGAAGACCCUCAACGCAUAGCCUAUUUUCCGUCUAUGAAAGUUUAAUUUAGGCUCGAAGGCUUAUGAUUAAUCAUUUUGAUCGUAAAUAAUGGAGUGGGCAUCAGAAGUGGGUACCUCUGAAAGCCUUCGUAGUUGAUGCGUUCUCUCCAGGCCCUAGUUGUAGGAGUGUUUCACUAAAUUUUGCAGUUUAGCACAGAUAUUGUGGCAUGGAAGUGAAUGCAGCUAAAUGAGGAACCAUGUUUUCGAGAUCAAUAUUCCAGAUAGGCGAUUUACAUUUGUGGUGCACAGUGACACACGGAACUCUUACAUCUGAAUGCAAAUGCAAUCUCUGUUCAAAAUU